UUUCAGAAUCUGUAGCUGCUGGUAUAAGCGACAUUUUGAUUUGACGCAAAAUGUACGUGACCGCGGCCUUCUGCUGUUACACAUGCAGCCAGUCAGCUGUGACUGAUUACAUUCAUGAGGAAUUUCACCGGCAGAUGGCAGCACGUUCUAGCCACUCAUUGAUUUUCAUCGACGUAAAAAGAAAAAAGCUGUCGAUGUUGUACGUCGUUACAGGCAUCAUACGUAAAUGAAACCACGUCAUUAAUAACCCCCCCCCCAAGGGUACAUUUGCCCUUUUCUGUUGUUUUUCGCGUGACUGCCGUAAUUUUUGCAGAAAGUAAUCACUCUGUGCGCGUCUGUAAGUCGAUAAACCCUCGAAGCUUCUUUACCGGCUAUUUGAUUUCAAAUGUUGGCAGUGCGUUGCAUUUUACAAUUUAAGCUUUCUACCUUUAUUUUAUGGUCUUCCUAAUGGUCUUUUUCUACGCACAUAUCAGCGUGUUUUAGGGCUUACACGAUUUUCAGCUUCGCUGAAUUAAAUUCUCAAACCACAAACAUCCGUAGCAUCAUCAGUGGAUGUUCUUACAGAUGACCAGGGCUGCUCGGAAUGCCGGGAAGGCACAUCGCGGGGGGAGCGGCGGGCAGCGGGGGCGGAGGGUCUUACUCGGAGUCUGCGGCUCUGGUGCGCAGCACUGAAGGCAUGUCGUACACAGAGGAGGGCCGCCAGCAGGGUGGAGGUGGCAGCCCGCACGACGGAGGCGAAGACGAGCUCAUGGACAGCGUCGAUUCCGAGGUCUCGGUCUUGGCGCAGUUUCACGAAGACGCCAUCAGACAGGCCGGGUUCGGGUACUCCCAGUGGACGCUGAUGUUUGCGUCAGGACUGGGGCUCGCGGCUGACACGGUUGAGCUAUUCGUUCUACCCUACAUCCUGCCCAGCGCGGAGUUUGAACUCUGCAUUAACGCGUCUCAAAAGACCUGGCUCAGUGGCAUCACGUUCCUGGGCAUGAUGGUCGGAGGGGUAGUGUGGGGUAACUUGUCUGAUCGCAUGGGACGUCGCAGAACUCUGAUGUCGGCCCUCGGCGUCAACGCGGUAUUCAGUGUAAUCUCGGCGUUCAUGCCAACCUACGGCACUUUCAUGACGGCUCGCUUCUGCUCUGCCGUCGGUGUCGGCGGUUCACUGCCCAUCGUCUUCGCGUAUUACAGCGAGUUUUUGUGCAAGGCAGAUCGAAGCAAGUACCUCAGCCGACUCGUCGUCUUCUGGCCACUUGGCGGAGUUUUGGUCGCCCUGACCGCCUGGGCUAUACUGCCACGCACAGGUAUUGGCGUAGUCAUCGAUAACAAAGAACACUUCAGUGCGUGGCAUCAGCUGCUCCUCCUGUGCUCGCUGCCCUCUCUAGUCGCCAUCAUUGGACUCGUGUUCCUUCCCGAGUCACCCAGAUACUUGCUGGAGGCAGGAAGGGAGGUUGAAGCCAUGAUGGUGUACCAGAGAAUCUACAAGACCAACAACAUGCACAAUCCUGCAGCGCAUGCGCAGUACCAGUUAUCAGAGUUGGAGCUGCCCAGCAAGCGGCCUUCCGGUCGGGGUUUGUCAUCGCCGCCACCACCGGGCAAGUCUGUGUUAGCUGACAUGAUCUACAGCAUCGAAAUGUUCUGGAACUCAUUCCUGCAACUGUUUGUGCAGCCGCAUCUGCAAGUCACUCUCCUAUUCAUCGUCCUUUGGUUCACAGCCUCAUUUGGGUAUUACGGUCUGACGACGUGGUUCCCAGAGUAUAUGCAGCUGCUUAAGACCCGGGAAUACGAAUCUCGGACCAGUCUCAUCUCCAAUGCGACGUACGACGGCAGCGCCUUCAACACGUCCGUCGAAAACAUCCGCUGGGUAGACAGUUUCUUCAAGAACUGCUCCUUCCAUCACAUGACGUUCAGCCACGUCAACUUCGACAACUGCACGAUUGAGGACGUUCGCUUCGAGAUCAUCAAGACCAGUCGCACUUACUUCAGGAACUCCAUCAUCAAGGACUCCCGGUUUGUGGACACGGACCUUACUGACCAGCACUUCGAGAACUGUUUGAUAACCAACGUCACCGUUCUGAGUCUCUCUGCCGGAUGUCCGUUGGACUUCGAUUACAACAUCUACCUGGAAGAAGUGUUCCACGAACACCUGGUGGGGCAGAUCGCCAUCCUGCCAGGCGCCUUGUUAUCAGCACUUGCCAUCGGCAAGCUAGGACGUGUUAAGAUAAUUGGUCUGUCGAUGUUCCUGUCAAGUGUACACGCGUUGUGCAUCUGGUUCUUGUCUUCAAGCACGGCGAUGGAAAUUCACGAAGCCGUCUUCAACUUCAUCUUCAUGUCGGGGUGGAACGCAAUGAACAUAGCCACAAUCGAGUCUUACCCCACACAUCUCAGAACGACCGGAUAUGGGUUCGUGAGUGCUACAUGUCGGCUAGGCGGCAUGCUCGGAGCUAUUACGUUCAGCAACUUGGUGACCGCGAGCCGUGCGGCCCCCAUGUUGACAGCCGCUGCUGUUCUGCUCGUGGGAGGAAUUGUAUCCGUAAAGCUGCCCGAGACGAACUCGGUACUGCUUUAGGUAUCACCAGCAAAACUGCUGGUUGAAAUCGCACCAUGGUAAUGAGGAAUGCGUCUCAUGCUCAAAUCCAGUUAAGAGAAAGUUGCCUUGUGUCGGAUAUGCGUUGCGAUGCAAGAACGUGCGACCAACUGCUCAAGAAUUCGAUUAUUGCAUAUGAAAUGCUUAAUUUUUUCUCAAUCAGUGACGUCAGUUCACGACAGAUGACGUCACACGUGACUCGCGAGUUGGUGCUACUGUUCGUGGCUUGGGAUUGAAAGUUUCUGAAGGUGUAAUGUUACUUGCACAGUAACAAUUACUUCGCAGUGAACAAUAUCAUUACUGACAGACAAAUAACACGACUGGAAAGAGAAAAUGAUAACCCAUUUUUACACAGAUUAACUUUCGCAGAGAAAUAGUGCAAAUCAUAUAAAUUUCGAUGAAAAACAUAGGAAUACUUGUACAGGAGCGGAAGAUAAAAGCAUAUUUAGGUUAGGUUAGGUUAGGUUUUGCAACAACAAACAUCGUUUUCAUUUCGUAUCAGAUUCAUAAAUUAUCUCAGGUACGAUUAUAUCACCUUACAAAAAGAUGCAUAUUUUGACCGCGCACGGCGUAUAUCAACUUUCUAUGGUGUCUAUGAACAUAAUAUUCACAUCGCCUCUGAUUAAAGCAAAUGAAGAACUGUGCUAUAGAAUACGCCACAUCCCAACGGUAGUAUUUUUUUUAAAGCGACUUCAUUUAUUCUUCAUGCUACUUAAAUUAGUGGAUUUAUUACCGAGAAGUUAAUCAGCAGGCCACAAGAUAGCACGCAUGAACAAAAUAUAAUAUUUAGAUGCUAAAUGAAUGGUUGUGUGCCUGUAAUUAAAGUAAUACAUAAGUCUAGAUCUGCCAUUGUGUGACGUAAUAUAAUUAAUCAUUGGAAGAAUGUUGAUAAAUCACACAUAGGGCUUACAUUUGUGGAAAAGAUGAUACACGUAACUUCGUAAUAUGUACGUAAAUUUUACGAGCAAUAUGACAUUUUCAGUACGGCAUUUAAUAGUGUUUUGUUUUGAGUCUCUGCUGGGUAACAUAUCACGAGAAAUGCGAUCAAAUCUGCUUCUACAUUUCUCAUUAUUUGAUCAUAAACAGCGAUGUGUUGUUUAUUCGUCCACAGAAUGCCCCAGAUUCUUUUAAAAAGGACUAUAAAAAUUUCUCAAAUGGGGAAAAGAUAUCAGUAAUAAAAUGUUAUUAUCCAUAAUCUGUAAUAACAUAAUCCUCCUCACUCUGCGAGCUUAUAGCUUAGCUCUGUAUGUACGGAGUACAAAAAUAAAAAUGACCAAAACAUAGACAUUCGAAUAAAACAUAUCCCACGACAGAAUACUUUUAACACAACGUACAAAUAAGUCGUUCACAAUAUUGAAAUUGUCUGCUGUCAAUUAACGAAUAUUUUAAAGAUCGCUGUCAAUUUUAAAAAUGAAUGCCCUGAACAAUAAUUCAUGUGUCAAGGACAACAUUAUAAACCAGACAUUUUUUACACUCGGCACGCCUUAAUUUUUUUCAGACAAACGAUGGCACACCACGAAACGUCUUCUAAACAUGUGUGACUAUAAAUAUUCAUCUGCAUACAGAACCUGGUCCUGUAAGAAUGCAGACACGUGAGAUGAAAUCAUAGCACAUGUUGAAGAAAACUAUCGAUGAUGAAUCUAUGCGUGUGUUAGAAAUUCUAAUUACAAAAGUAAAGAUGCCUCUUUCUAAACUAAAACGUUUGAAAGUGCAAUUUCCAACAAAAUUCUUUGCCCGCUAAUUGGGGGAACAUUAAAGCAGAUAAAAUAUGCACAUUAGGCAAUAAGCAAGUAAUAAUUUGUACAUCUGGAUUGAGAAACAACCGAGUGGAGAGUGUUAAACAGUUGAAAUGUUAAAAAUUGUGUGGAAAACAGGACGUUUGAUAUCGACACCAUAAGAUUUAUUAGACGCAGAGAGAUAUAUUCUGCAAUACGUGUUCUUAUAUAAAAAUAUAAAAGUUAAAAAUGAAAAGCUUCAAAUCAUCCUCAAUAAUGACAUAUUCAUUUCAAAGUAACUUCAUUUUUCUUCCACCAUCGCGUGUUUCCGAAAGCAUAGAAAUAAAGUUAUUUUAUUUCCUUUGUAUUGUUAAGUAAUUAGCCUAAUUAACCUGAUUAAAAUAUUCGCACUGGCUCUGUUUUCAUGGUAACGUAAAAUACCUGAAUAUAAAUCAUACAAAGAUAUUUAGCAGAUACGUAAAUAUGUAUUUUAGAAUUAUUUUAGUCACUGUAUUUUAUGCGAUAUUGAUUUUGUAAUGCAUAUAGGUAUCAAUUAAAAACAAUAAAUGACUUUAGUUUAGAUCUUAA